CUUUGUUUUAGUGUUUCUUGAUGUCUCAUGGAAUCAUUGGUUUCCACUUGAUAAAUUCUAUUUUUUUUUUAACCCUUACUUUUUCCUUACAGUUAGUGUAAAACCCUUACAGUUCCAACACAGAAAAGCGGUAAGGGCUAGGCAAUUAGGGUUAAGUGACUUGCCUAGAUCACAUAUAGCUAGGAAGUAUCUGAGGUCAAAUUUGAACCCAGGACCUCCCAACUCCAGGCCUAGCAUGCUAUCCACUGUGCUACUUAGCUGCUCUACAAUUUCUUUUUCUUAUCCUAAGUCCAUAGCUAGCAUUUCUAGGAAUCUAUUAGGUGAUAGUGGUGAUAAUGGACAACUUUGCCUUACCCCUGAUUUUACUGGAAAGGCCUCUAGCUUUACUCCAUUAUAUAUAAUUUUGGUUUGAGAUGUUGUUAUCAUUUUAAAAAAUUUUGAUAGUUUACUUUUCUUAUUUUCUAAGCUAUUAACUUCUGAAAUAAAAAUAGAAAAUAAUUGAGUUAUGAAAAAGUGUAUUGCACAGCAAGACCUAAGCAAGGGAGACAUAUUCCUGAGUUUGGGGAAAAAACCUCCACUAAUUAAAAGGACAUUACAUUUUAUAAUGACUGUACAGACAUCGUAGGGGGUUUGAAAGAGGGAAAUCAUAAUGGAAGCAAAGUCUCCCCAAAUUCUCAAAAUUUCAGAAGUAUAAUGUAGUUCAGUGAUAAAAGAGAAAGUACAUUUAAUCUACCUCUUCACUAGUAGGGGCUGUUCCAGAGUUUGAAUGCUAGGACUCAGCCCUACAACUUCCCCCAGGAGAAACCCCACUUCCUAAUCUUUAAAGAUAGGAUUACUUACACUCCUGCUCCAGCUCCUUCCUAUUAUACUCAAACUCUUCUUUCUCAGCCAACUGGUUGGCAUCAAGCCAAGAAAUAAACUCUUGGCACUUUUCUAGCACCUUUCUCUUAUCUUCCUCGCUAAUCUUUCUCUUCAGGUACCCAUCUUCCACUGUACUGUUCAGUCAUUUUCAGUCGUGUCUAGCUCUUUGUGUCCCCAUUUUGGGUUUCCUUGGCAAAGAAAUUGGAGUGAUUUGCCAUUUCCUUCUCCAGCUCAUUUUACAUAUGAGGAAACUUUGGCAAAGAGGGUUAAGUGAUUUGCCCAGGGUCAUCCAGCUAGUAAGUGAGGCCCAAUCUCAACUAAGAUAAGUCUUGACUCCAGGCCUGACAUUCUAUCCACUAAGCCACCUAGCAGCCCCAUUAGAUAGAUACUACUUCCUAUGUUUAGGAAAAGUCUUUAUUUCCACUCUUUCUGUUAUUAUUUUUUUUAAAUCCUUACCUUCUGUCUUGGAGCCAAUACUGUGUAUUGGCUCCAAGGCAGAAGAGUGGUAAGGGCUAGGCAAUGGGAGUCAAGUGACUUGCCCAGGGUCACACAGCUAGGAAGUGGCUGAGGCCACAUUUGAACCUAGGACCUCCCGUCUCUAGGCCUGGUUCUCAAUUCACUGAGCUACCCAGCUGCCCCUUCUUUCUGCUAUUUUUAACAGAAACAGAUAUUAAAAUUUGUCAAAAGCUUUUUUGGCAACUAUGAUAUAAUCACAUAGUUUAAAAAUUAUUUUGUUAUUAAUAUGGUCAAUUGUGCUUAUAGGUUUAAAAAAAAUAUUAAACCAACUCUGCAUUUCUGGUUCGAAUCUAAUCACAGUAUUAUCUUUUCAAUACUUAAUUUUAUCUAUGACCCUGGAAAACAAUAUAUUCUGAGUAUACUUUUUUCUAUUAGAAUGUAAAUAUCAACAAUAUAUAUUCCUUUCCAUUGGAUGAAAACAUUUACCUUUCUAAAGACUCCAGUUGUUUGCAUUUUACUUUCUAUUCAGUUCUCAAACUCACUUCUGAAUCCUUUGCAAUCUAGGUUCUGGACCCAUCAACAGCCAGACAAUGCCUUUUUCUAGAUUACCAAUAUCUCAGUUGCUAUAUCCAAGUCUUUUCUCAGUCCUUAUUUUACUAGACCUCUGCAGCUUUUGAUACUGUCAAAAGUGCCUUCUUCGUAAUCUUUCCUUCACUUCCUUUCUUGGCUGCUAUAGCACUGCUCUCUUUCAUUUCUCCUACUAGUCUGUUUAUCCUUUUAAGUCUCCUGGAUAAUCAUUCUUCUGCCCACUAAGUGGAGAUGUCUCCCAAGGUUCUUUUAUUUCUUUCUGCUGCAUCCUCUCCCUUACUUAUCUCAUCAUAUUAUCUCUAUAUGGAUGACUCCCAUAUUUGUAAAUCCAGACUUAAUCCCUCUCCUAAACUCUGGGCUUGCAUUAUUAACUGCCUGCUCGACAUCUUUACCUGUAUGUCCAGCAGACAACACAAACCAAACAUAUUCAAACUGAAAUGAUAUUUUUUCCAAAACCUAUCCCUACUCCAAGCUUUGUCAAAUCUGUUGGCACUUCAACCAUCUUUAUUGAUGUUGGCACUUCAAACAUCUCUAAGUUUGUAAACUUGUAAUCAUGCUUCACUCUUUUCCCUCAACCUCCAUAUCCAAUCAGUUAUAUAAAAUUGUAAACUCUCAUUAUGAGUGUUAAGCUUCUUGAGGAUAGGGGCUUGCUAGUGCUUAGCAUAGUGCCUGGCAGAGAGUAGAAGUUUAAUAAAUGUUUAUGGUUGAUGUAUUGAUUGGAUGUCUUUUCAUUAAUAUCAUUACACUAUCCUGUAUCUGUCUUCUUUCUACUCACAGCCAGUGCCCUAGUUGAGGGCCUUAUCACUUACUACUUGAGUCUACAUACUUGAGUCUUCUAAUUGGUUUCUCUGCCUCUGGUCUCUCCCUUUUCCAAUUCAUCUGCAGAAUUUUCAGACCAAAAUCCCUAAAACAUAGAUCUGACAUGUCACCCUCUGCUAAAAAGUCUUCCAGGAUUGCCUUUUGCCUCUAACAUAAAAUCCUAAUUUUUCAGCUUAAAGCCCUCUACCACCCAGAUCCCAUCUCUGUUCCUAUCUUUUUCAUCUUAUUCACCUCCACAUAUUCUCUGUUCUUGUCAAAAUGGCAUCCCCUCAUAUAAAACAUAAAGGUCUCCUGUCUCCAUAUAAGAGGUCCUACCCGUCUUACCUCCAUCUCCUUUCAUUCCUUCAAAGAACAGUUCAGCUUCUACCUUCAAUAUGAGGCCUUUCUCCAUUCUCCCCAAUUAUUAGAAUUCUUCCACGCCUGCAAUUACUUUGUAUUUGCUUUUGUAUAUUUUACUUUCCUCCUUCCCUCCCAAUAGCUGCUAGAGGACCAGGUUUGUUACUGCCUUUGGCGAGCUUAACCUCUCAAUGUCCCCAAGUCAACUCCAGUAAGACCAACUUCGUUGAGCAGGAAACAAAGGAUAGGUAGAAAAAUUCCUCUCAUCUAGAGUACCUUACACCAGUCAAAUCACAGGUCUGAUGAGAAACGGCGGUUCCCCUGGGACAACCAAUACCUGAGAGCCCUAAUGAACACAAUGGGACCAAGUGAAAUCCCCACUCCGCGCAUGCCCAAGAGAGUAAAUUAAAAGCCCGCUUGUAACCUUUUGCUCAUUGCAGUAUUAUUUGUAUUGAUAGGGGGAGUAGGUGAGGUGCAUGCGCAGCAUCCUAGUCACAAAGCUCUCGCAUGCGCCUUAAGAAAAAUGUCCACAGAUGAGUUACAAUAGCCAGGUUUCUCCGUUACACAGCUGAAAACACAUACCUUGAUAAUCCUAUAUAAUACACCUACCUGCCUGCUCUCUUAAGAAGAGGAGUCCGCAGGGUGCCUUACGCCCGAACCCUAUCUUGAACAAAAAAGUUCUGCUGUAUUCACCACCCAACGACCUACAUUUCUCUUAUCUAUCUGAAAGGAGUCCUCAUCCAGCCUCGGCAUCCGCUGCAAUAGGCCACGAAUAAAGAUUUUUCUUUUUAACUACAAAACACACUGGCGACUACGGAAGGUACCGAGAAAAGAGACUACAGAAACCCUCACCAUCAGGCAUAAAGUGAGAAGGCAAACAUUUUCCCUAGUGAGGCAACAAAGAUUCCACGUGUAGACUACAGUCCCUCAGCCUAAGUUUGAUUGGGCUCCUUUUCUCUCCCUUUUUAUCAACUCCCCUGCGUCCCCUAAUUGCAGUCGCCAGCCAGUACUUCGGAAUCCGUUUCCUAUUCCAUCUUCCCUUAUAUACACUGUUAUGCUUUCACCGUCUCCAGCCCCUAUACAUGCCCCCGCUCCCAGUCCCAUCUGCUACCCAAAUCCUGCUUUCCCCGCCUUCGUGUUCCAGUCAUCUAGAUGACUCUCAAGCACGCCUUUUCUGAUUGGUCUUACGCGAACUUCCUCUUCCGUUGGCCACUCAAGCAGUCAAGGAGACGUCGGGCUUAAACGAAUCAACCUGUUUGCCGCUGGAGCCUUUGGGAAAUGUAGUUCCAGAAAUUCACCCCGAACAUGCGCUGUUUGAAUUUGAAGCGCUUCUUAGUAUCUCGGCUGGAUUUCCGGCCAGGGAACCGAGGGGGAGUCCGAGGAACUGAAGGUCUUCCUGGGCCGGGUCUUAGUGGGGCUCUUGAGGAGAAGUAAGACUUUUCUUGAGCGUUCCUGCCCAGGAAUCAAUCCAAAGAGAACUGGCAAGAAACUUUGAGUAGAGCCUGAGGCUAGACCCUUAGCUGAAUGAUGACUUCAGCUGUGGCCUGCCAGGCUUCAGCUUCACUGGAGCAGGAAGGGCUCCUGAUAGUUAAGUUGGAGGAAGACUGUACUUGGGGGCAGGAAAUCUCCGUUCAAAAUCCUGAAACAAACCCUGAGACCUCCCACCAGUGCUUCAGGCAUUUCCGAUACCAACAGGCAACUGGACCUCGAGAGGCAUUCAUCCAUCUUCAGGAGCUUUGCCAUCGUUGGCUGAGGCCAGAGGUACACUCCAAGGAGCAGAUCCUAGACUUGCUAGUGCUAGAGCAGUUUCUGACCAUCCUCCCUGGGGACAUCCAGACCAGGGUACGGGAGCAACAUCCACAGAAUGGAGAAGAGGCAGUGACUCUAGUAGAGGAAUUGCAAAGAGAACAUGGAAGAUGCAGGCCACAGGUUACAAUCCAUGGGCGGGGACAGGCAGUGCCUUUGGAGGAGACCUCGCCCCUGGGAGCAACACAGGAACCACCGAACUUCAAGCUGGAGCCAUCGGAGACUGAGCAGAGCCCUUGCCUUGGACUUCAGGACCUGCUGGGCCCUGGCCCUAAAGGGGGGCCCCAACCCCUAAAGGAGAGGGCAUCAUCUACUCCCUGGGUUUCUCUCCUUCCUUCAAAGGCAGAAAGCACUGAAGACAAAGAGACAACAGGGUCCCAGUUACCUGUGACCUUUGAGGAUGUGGCAGUGUACCUCUCCCAAGAAGAGUGGGGGCAUCAGGAGCCCAGUAAGAAGGCCCUUUCCAGGGAAGUCAUGCAGGAGAAUUAUGAGAAUGUGGUCUCAUUAGAAUCUCAGAUUCCCAGUCAGGACCCAGCCUCCCAAAUAGAACAAGAGGAAAAGCCAUGGGACCCCAAUCUCCAGAGUGCUAAGGAACCAGGGAUCUCCAAAAUCCCUUAUAUAGAAGAGAAGAAAGAAAACAAGGAAGAGAGUUCUUCUGAACAUUUUGAGGAAGAGCAGCCUCAAGAAAUACCCUCUGGACAUUCAGAAAUAGAGGUUCCCUGGAGUCCUGAGCAGGGAAAAUCAGGACAGUGGAAUCCUUCUCCAGAGGAGAAACUGGGAAAACCCACAGCUUGGGCAUUGGGUCGCAGUGAUUUGAUAAAACCAAAGAAACCUCAGCCAGGAGAGAAACUAUAUAAAUGUCUAGUGUGUGAAAAAAAUUUCUCUAACAACUCAAAUCUUAUUAGGCACCAGAGAACCCAUACAACAGAGAGACUCUGUAUGGGUUUAGAGUGUGGAGAAAUUUUUGGUGGGAAUCCACAUUUUAUUCCUCCCCAUAGAGUACAUCUGGGAGAAGAAGCCCACAAGUGCCUUGAGUGUGGGAAAAGCUUCAGUCAGAACACACACUUGACUAGACAUCAACGUACCCAUACAGGUGAGAAGCCCUAUCAGUGUAAUGUGUGUGGGAAAAGCUUCUCUUGCAACUCAAACCUUCACCGGCAUCAGAGAACCCAUACUGGUGAGAAACCCUACAAGUGCCCUGAAUGUGGAGAAAUUUUUUCUCAUAGUUCUAACCUAAUUAGACACCAGAGAAUUCACACAGGAGAAAGACCCUAUAAAUGCUCCGAAUGUGGGAAAGGUUUCUCUCGGAGCUCACAUCUUGUCAUACAUGAGAGAACCCAUGAGAGAGAGAGAUUUUAUCCUUUCUCUGAAUGUGAGGGAACAGUAAGUAACAGUACAACAUUUAUCACAAAUCAUGGAACCCAGAGAGGAGAGAAGAAACUCUUUAAAUGUUUGACAUGUGGGAAAAGCUUCAGGCAAGGUAUGCAUCUCACCAGACACCAGAGAAUACACACUGGAGAAAAACCUUAUAAAUGUCCUCUGUGUGGGGAAAACUUCUCUCACAGCUCCAACCUCAUUAGGCAUCAAAGAAUCCACACAGGAGAGAAGCCCUAUACUUGUCAUGAAUGUGGGGACAGUUUUUCUCACAGCUCCAAUCGGAUUCGACAUCUGAGAACCCACACUGGAGAGAGGCCCUAUAAAUGUUCUCAAUGUGGAGAAAGCUUUUCUCGAAGUUCUCGUCUUAUGAGUCACCAGAGGACUCAUACAGGCUAGAAAUGGUUUGCAGUUUUGACAUAGCCAGAUUAGCAGAAGAGCUUUUAUUUGGAAUUGGUCUUCUCUGUCUCAGCAGACAGAUCUCUACUUUGAAGAAGUUGCUUCAGAGAAUUACUUUGCCAGUAGGGAGAAUUUUGUCCAGAGAAGCUGAGAUAGCCUCAAGCUGUGAAAAAGCAUUCCUGCAUCCUCUCCAGAGCCUGGGGGCAACAGGGAGAGCAGCAAAUGCAGUCUGUAGUGACCCCCUCAGAGAAGAAUUCUGUGGUAAGUUCUCCCUGUUCCUAAAGUAAACACCUCUCAGUAUACAUAUCCAGAUUUUGAUUUGGCUCCCUUGCUGUGCCUGUUAUCUCUAAUCGAAUAGGAUAAAGUGGAAGAAGUUUAUAUUUUCUAUCUCAUCCUUCUCCAGAGAGACACAGCUGGAAUAUUUGGGCCACUUGAGGCUCUGAAGCUUUCCUGGAAGGCACUGGCUCUAAUUUUAGUUUGAGAAAAACAUGAACAACCCAAGACAAUGAUCACAGCACCAUUUCAUCUAAUAAGAAUGACCACUGGAAGGGAACUUUGGUGAAUUGGUUCAAAAGAGAGAGUUGGUAGUCCAGAAACCAAAGGGAAACAGCAUCAUGGAAGUUUCAGGUUAGUGAGAGAAAUAGUAAAGGAUAUGGAAGUCUGGAUCAGCCUAUUCUCUGCAGGGAUUUUUAAGCUAUUGUGUUACAACAUAGCUGGGUAGAGAAAGAGCCAUGCAGGAGAAAAGCCCUGUACUAUUCAAGAGUUCCUGAAUCUAAUUGGCUUUUUCUGGGUAAGAUUAUGGACAGGUGUCCAGGAGGAUGAUGAGUGGGUUCAUCAAGACAAGAAGACUUAAUAGUAUGGGUAUAUUGAGGGUCAUGGGGGAUAAGGAUCAGAGGACAUGGACUGAUUCUUCCCCACUUCUCUGAAGUUGUCCAAAUUAAGUCAUGGUGCAUCGUAGCUCCUAUUGAAAAUGCAUUAGAAUGAUCAAUAUUAAAGGACCAUAAACCUACAUGGCUUUUCAGUAACACCCCUCCCCCAACCCCAGUAUUCUGCUUUCUUUGCCUUUCUUUGGGCUAAUGACUCUUUCUUUGUAUUGUCUUGUUAGACUGACCUGGAAAGUUCUGAUAAAAAUCCUAGCUAUUGGAUUGAUUCUAUGUCCAUGGCUAGCUUACUAGGCUAGAACAAUUACAGAGGUCCACGUGUAGGUCCAAUACCUGUCUUGCUCACACUGGACUUAUACAAAGCCUUUAAAAGGAAUGUUUUUGCCUUCUAUGAACUUGGUGUAAUAAAGUAAAAUUUCUUUCA